AUGAGCGCCACCGCCGACGACGUCAAGGCGAGGCUCAGCCAGCUGCGCGCGGACAAAGCGCUGCUGCAGGCUCAGCUCGAGUCGCUCCGUCGUAUCCCAGACGCCCCUCCGGAACCACGCGACACGCUCGAUGCAGAAAACGACGAGCUGGGCCACCAGCUGCGUGCGCUCGAGGAAAAGGCCAUCCUCUACCGCUCCGCCGCAUGGACGUGCUUUGAAAUCGACCUCGAUGUGGGCAGACGUGCCCGCCUCGCCCGGCGCAACGAGUCCGCCACCGCCGCAGCCGACAAGGACGCCGACCUCGCGCUCGGCAUCCGUCUAGACACCUUCUGGCGCGGCCGCUUCUACGAGCCCUACUACCUCGUCUUGGCCCGCCCAAGCCAGAUGCUCGAAUCGCUCCCCCAGCUCCAGGGCACCACGGGUGCGGAUGCCGAGCCGUCGUCGCUCGACGGCCUCCGCCUCAUCAGGCAUACGGUGCCGCAUUUCGUGCCGCUGCUCAAGCUCGUCGAAAAGUACCUCCCCAGCGUGCUCGGCGGCGAGCUGUCCGGUGGCGCUCCCAGUGCCGCCAGAGACAACGAGGCGGGAGGCCUGACCAUGCUUGCGCAGUUCAGCGACUUGCCCGGAGUGCACGCGUUCCUGUCCGACUUGCACUGCCAUCUGCAGGCAUACGUGUCCCGACGACAGCAGGCCAUGGCGCUACGCCAGCUCAAACUACCUACUCCAAACGCAAACGCGAGUGCACUCGAGGCGUUGGGCACCGAAGCGUUCGACAUGGUCAAGAUCACCUGGCAUGUCCCUUCGGCAUCUGCCGAGGCGGCCGAGGAUGACGAGGACGAGGUGGCGGCGAAUCCGACAGCAGUGGCGGUGCAGGCGGUAGCCAAGCGCAAGCGCGAGAUGCCACAGGACGAGCCGAUGCACCAGCUCGAGGUGGUCGUGCGCUACGCCGAUCUGCAGAGCGACAGGCUUGUCGACGACACACGCCCCACGGGACUCUUCAGCAUGACGGGCUCGGUGGACGAAGAACAGGACGAUUUCGAAGGGCUGAGGAGGCCAUACGGACAGGUGCGUGUGCACAUGCUCGAGUACGCGCCCGAACUCGACACGCGCCAACGCCGCACACCAGGCAUCUCGCGUGCCGACCUGGGUGCGCUCCGACCCGAGACGGUGCGCAGGCAGGAUCUGGAGCUGCUGUAUGCGCAGGCGCACGAUGGCGAGGCCCUCGAUAUGGACGACGCUUUCCAACGCGUAGCGCAGCGCGUCUGGUCGCAGCGUGCAAAGUCUUCAGUCGAGUGGCAGCGCAACGUGUGGACGUGGGGAAGUCGUCGUCGACGCAGACUGCUGAAGCCCGAGAUUGAUCCGGCAUUGUACAGGAAGGAGGCACCGAACUUUCGCGAGCUCGCGCGCAAGCACCCGACGUUCGCCGAGAUUGUGAUCGACGAUGGAGGCUACGAAGCCAAGGUUGACUUUCAAGAUGCGCAUGCGCUGAGAUGCCUGGCAGAAACGCUGCUGCUGCACGACUUUGGCGUGCAAGCAACGCUGUCGCCCUCGAAUCUUUGUCCCACCAUUCCGAAUCGGCUGGCGUAUAUUGCGCUGAUCCACGAGAUGCUGUGCUGGACUCUGCCGACGUGGCAUCUUGUGCGUCACAUGCAGGGCUCCACUUCGUCGAGCGAUGCGGUGGUGGGGUUGGAUAUCGGGACAGGAGCGUCGGCCAUCUAUCCUGUGCUUGGAACGCGCUGCUUCCCCCAUUGGCGAUUUGUCGCCACCGAUACGGACGAAGCGAGCCUGCAGUAUGCAAGUACGCACAUUGUGGAUCGUGCCAGCAACGCGCUCAGCGACCGCAUUGCACUGCUGCACUCCGAUGGAGGCGCUUUUGUACCCAGCGCAGAGGGGUGCAAGCAGGUAGGUGGCAAGUACGAGGCGCAAGAGGUGCACUUUACGAUGUGCAAUCCGCCCUUCUACUCGAGCGCGCACGACAUGCAGCGAUCGGCAAGCUUCAAGAGCCAACCUCCCAGUGCGAUGGUGGUGGAAGGAGGCGAGGCCGAGUUUGUACGGCGCAUGCUGCGCGAGAGUGCGGCGCAGGCAGGUGUGGUGUGGUGGACGUGCAUGUUGGGCAAGCUGUCGAGUGUGGUGGAGCUGGCAGCCGAGCUCAAGGCCAUGGCAAAGAGCGGCGACGUGGGUGGAUGGGGUAUGCACGAGCUGCCGACAGGACGAGGGAGGACCAAGCGCUGGGUGGUCAUGUGGUCCAGGACUCCAAUGCGACUGCCAGAUUCUCUGGCAAGGGAGUCUCUUCCCUCUGCGGUGCGAGAUGUACCCGUGGCAACGGAAAGGAGGAGCAAAGCUUUCGCACUCGGACCCACAUGGACGCGCAGGGAGGUGCAGCACGUCGCCCUCGACAUCCUCGGCGCGCUGAAGGGAUGCCAUGUCUACGCCUCGGACUGCGACGACUCUGCGCGACUGGCUGGAACCUUCGAGGUGGUGGUUACGAGCGAGUGCUGGAGCCGCCGCGCCCGACGUGCCAAGCUGCAGACUCACCCAGCAGCCCGCACGCAAGAGGCAGAGGGUCAAAGCGGGAUCAUGCUCGCGGCUCGAAUCACAGUCGGCGAAGCUCAAGAUGCGGGGAUCCAGGUGCGCGUGCACUGGACAUACGGCCUGGACGCGGCCAAAUUCGAGUCGUUCGCCAUGUUUCUGAUCGCUGCGAUCGAGCGCAAGGUAGAAGAGAUGCGAAGAAGCAAUUGA